AUGGAACCCAUGGAAGUUCAGAGCCCAAUCGUGGAAAGUGACGGUAAGGACAUUACACAUUUUGAAUACGUAUCGUAUCACAAAUAUUAGGACAGUUUGUCCGGCACUGUUGCGGAGAUACGUCAUUGAAAUUGAUUGGAAACUGAAAUUCGAAGUCAUUAAACCAGCUGGGACAAACUGGAACCUUCGUUGAAUAAUAUUAUAUUUGUGCAACUUACUUGGACGUGUCCGUUACAGUACAGCUUGCCAGUUUCCAUCUGGCAAUUUACUUUAUAAUAAUGACAGGCAAUUUAGAGUGCAGAUUAAUAACUCAGUUUGACUUGGCUCGAAAAGAGUUUUGAUAGAAAAUCGAUUUACCGUGAACAGCUGAUUCAGACAUACGUCCGCUGAUAGGCAGAUACUGGCAACCUGGAGGAUUGGCUGUGCUAGAGAAUGUCGAACGUCGAGAGUGAUCUUUGAGUUUUGGGCGCGUUCCGUUCAGCCCAAAAUUGCAAAAUUUUGGCCGGAAAUCAAAUGGUUCGGUCAAACUGGAAUAUUAAAAUUUGGGACCAAAGGAGGUCUACGUGACCGGUCUUACCGUUCAGACCGAAGUGUCGUUUUCGAUAUGACAUAAUUAGGCCUAGGCUAAACGUCGAACUUUUCAUGAGACAAACCAAAGUUAGUGAGUCAAGUUAAUGAAAAGUUUGUCGUGUGACUGGCUCAGUCAAGUUCAUUUGAAGGAGUUUGGAUUGCCCAACACGUUCUGUCCAUCUGCUUCAGAUGGAGAGAACAUCUAAAGAUCAUCUCUGGGACAAACAUCGAUCUUCACAUGCGAUGAACUAAACUAAUGGAUUAAAGAUUUGUAUGAUAAUGUAUAUUUAGCCUCGUUCGGAAGACAAUUUCUUAGUGAUAUGAUUGGUUUGACACAUCCUAAGUUCGAUGUCUGACCAACAGAUGAUCUUAACUUAAUUUAGGUCAACCCAAAUUAGAGUUUGGUUCGUCUCUUGAAAAAUUUGAUGUUUGAUCUAUGCCUUAUUGUUCCUAGUAUACAGCUCUUUUGUGUAUUGCUUACAAGUAAAAUAAUGAAAUACGUAGAGGCUUGGGCUGGGUCUGUGCAACUGGAAAUGUACAUUCCAUUGGGCACAUGGAAUUCCCAAAAUUUCAAACUGGAAUUUUUGUUGAAUGGAAAGCACCCUUAGUUUUAAAUCCCAGUUGUUUACACAAAAUGUCACACUUUGGUGAUUACACUACCUGUGUCUACUGAAAAAUCAUGGUUGUUGUCCAAUACUUUAGCUAUGGAUACUAAGGUCAAUUCGAACCUCUCCACAACUGCUACCUUGGAAACUGAGGUAACUGGCCAUUGAGUGGUGGCUGGAAGGGGUGGAAUGUGAUACCAGUUUUGUAGAUUUUUCAGGAAAUGUUUAGAAUACCGUAAAAUUCUGAAAAUAAGCCCCGGGGCUUAUAUUUUUCAAAGGCCCUCUUGGAGGGGCUUAUUUUUGGAGGGGCUUAUAUUCAGAGGGGCUUAUCUACGUAGGGAAAUUUGCGUUUCAAAAUCGAUUGGGCUAGCCUUAUAGUCGGAAGGAAAUUUACUGUUUUUGCUUUGUUUUACUUUGUAUUUGAGGGCAAUUUCCAAGGACAAGCCCCCCAGGGGGCUUAUAUUCGGAGGGGCGACGUAAAGGAGGGUUUUUUGCGUUACAAGUUUGUGGGGCUUACAUUUGGAGAGGCUUACACAAGGAGGGGCUUAUUUUUGGAAUUUUACGGUAGUCUUUUCUAAGAAUUAUAAUGAUAUAAGCAUCUGAGCACUGAUAAUGGAGGCUGUCAAAAUGUGAUAUGGACUCAUUUGUUGAUAUGUGUUGUAUCAGAUACAUCGCCGAUAGAACAUGCAAUCAACCAAGCAGCUGUUUUUCUUGAAGAUGCUGCUAAGGUAACCAAUUUUACCUCCACUAUAAAUAUGUCUUUGUUUACUGAUUCCAGAACAGUGUUAGAAAUACAAUAUAUCUUUGAACCCUGAAGUUGUUUUGGUUAGAUAUUAGUGCCUAUUGUUACUGUGCACUUGCGGCUAUGUAGAGCUAAGGAGGCAUUAAUUUCUAACAAAACUGAAAAAUUGUGUUAAACAGUUUAUAAAAAUUGAGAUUUCGGUAGCAAUUUCCUUAACUAAGGAUUAUGAUUCAAUUGACUCAGUAUCUAGCAUUAAAGGUUACUUUAUAAAUUAAAUCUUAUUUGUGUCAAUUAAUCCAGUGUAUUUCAGGCUGAUGUGGCUUCCUCCCUUUACUCCUUUUUUGAUCCCAGAAAAAUUAAGUAUUGCCAAGUAAUUUCUCCUGCUUCCUGCCAUUUUAGAACUCCCACCUCCCAGCCUUUCUCUCCCAACUCCCUUAUCUGGCUCCCUUCCCUUAUUCUUCUGGGCUCCUUCCUCCCUUUUUUUCCUCCACUAUCACUUGCUUCUUAUGCAAUGACUUAAAUCACUGGUGGCAACUUAUGUUUUGGUUUGCAGUAUAGAUCAAUCCACCACAANAAGGCAGGGUGUCCAAAUCUCCCACCUCCCAUGCUUUGCUUUCGCGGCCUCCGCCCUUUUUUGUGGCUUCCUCCCUUUACUCCUUUUUUGAUCCCAGAAAAAUUAAGCAUUGCUGAGUAAUUUCUCCUGCUUCCUGCCAUUUUAGAACUCCCACCUCCCAGCCUUUCUCUCCCAACUCCCUUAUCUGGCUCCCUUCCCUUAUUCUUCUGGGCUCCUUCCUCCCUUUUUUUCCUCCACUAUCACUUGCUUCUUGUGCAAUGACUUAAAUCACUGGUGGCAACUUAUGUUUUGGUUUGCAGUAUAGAUCAAUCCACCACAAAAUGGACAGUAAGUCUCUGUGGAUGUACAGAUUGUACUACAGCAAACCUGUUCGAUGGUAAGUCCAUCAUAUACAGAUAAUCUAACAAUAAUGAUACAUAUAGAAUGAGGGAAAUGUGAACUGCAGAAAUACAAAUUUAAGGAAGAUAUGAUCGUUGCAGUGUAAUUGCAAUUUAAACAAUUGCAAAUUAACUGAAAAAAAUUUCUGGACCUAAGACGGGAUUCAAACCCAUAUUUAUUAAUGAUGAUGAUUAAAUAUGGCAGUGUUAUGAUCAUAGAGUCUUGGCCCUUUGUCUAGAAAAUCUAACAUUUAUCUGUGAUACAACCCACCCCAGUCUAGUCAGAAAGGUUGUACCACUUUUUCUGGUGGCUACUCUUUUUAAAUAAUGGCUAGGUGGGUAUAAGUUGCCUUGAAAAUUAUGCGAGUAGAUGUAGGCGUCAAGGCCAAUAAAUUUAACACCCCAAGGUUGCAACAAUUUCAACUGAGGUAAAGAUCGCCAUACACAGCCAGCUUUAUUUUACUGACUGGUGCUCUGGACCAAGUUUGGACUCACAACUUCUCAGACUCAUCAAUAAUUCACAAAGGAAAUUAAUGUUUAAUGAAUGUUUGGAAAUCAGAUGUAAAACUGCUCAUUUUUGCAUCCUUUACUUCUCCUUCUAAAAUCAUUUUGUUUGAGAUGUAAUAUCAAGCAUUCAACACGGUGUUUCAUCACCAGAUGAAACACCUUGAAGUUUGUCGAAAAUACUCCGCUGCGCAUCGUAUUUUCAACUCUCUUCUCAGUAUUUCAUGCAUCUGGUGAUGAAACACUGCUUCUCAUGCUUGAUAUAUUACCUCAACAAUCCUAUUCUUAGCCACUACUGAGGAGUACCUUCUUGGAAAUAUGAAUUGACGGCUGAAAUAAUCUCAGGCAACGUUUGCCGCAAUAAUGGCAUUGCCCCUGCAUGCGUAUGGGCUCCUGUCAACCAGUUCCAGAAACAUUUUUUGGGUUCAUUGCUUCUGCAUGUGUUGCAAAGUUUUACACAAGAGUUUCAGAGUACGAUACAAGAAGAAAACAUGGCACGACUUGGAUGGUACCAUUUAUGUAAAAAUGAUUACUUUUCUUUUUCCUUUUCUUUAGGGGAUUCUCCCUUAUCAUAUUUCUGAAUCUUAUGUUGGCGUUUGUCGAAAAGCCUUCUUCUUUUACGUGAGUACCUAAAAAAGUAUUAUAAAAUUAAAGUACCUGAAAAUGAUGAUGUUAAUUUGUAGAAUUGUAAACUGGGUUCAAUUUACUUUCCAUAAAAAAAAUUAUCUGUCCUUAAACUAUGGAUUAUUGGUAUGCUUUAAAUGCCAACUACAUGAAAUUACAGUCAAAUAUGCUGUAUGUGGACAAUUGAGUGGUACAAAAUUGGCCAUCCCUUUAACACCACACCAAAGGUAGGUUAAAAAUGGAGUGUUUGAAAGCUGCUUGGACCGUGACUGUGUCCACUUAUGGGAGCUGUGUACCUACGCGAGGUGUCAGGUGGCAAAGGUUGAACUUUUUAAUAUAAGAAUUAAUAUCAAAUUGAAAAAUAAAAACUUUGAAACUGUUUGACUAUUCUGAUAAAAUUAAAGUUCAAAGUUUAUGGCAUCCCAGGGUGGAUGUGUUGGCACUUAAGAGAAGUUUGGGUGUGUACUACCUUCAACACUCUGUUUAAAAAUCAUUCAUUUCACUACCCUGCUCAAGACAAGGGACCAUUUUUCACAACCCAUACAGGUACAGAAUUAUGUGAUUUUUACCACUGACAUCACAUCUUAUUAGUUUAACUUGUUUUCGAAAAAAAUUUUUAGUAUCAUUAGGGCUAUUUAUACGAGGAAAAAUAAGACGCGUCUUACAUAAGACGCGUCUUAAAUAAGACGCGAACUUUACUUAUAAACGGCACAUUUUGUCUAAAAAAAGACGCGGCUUAGCUAAGACGCGUCUUAUUAGAUAAGACAUGCUCGUAUAAAUGGUACAGUUCGCGUCUUAUUUGUCCUCGUAUAAAUGGCCCUAUUGUUAGUAUCCUGGUCCACUGCCAAUGUUCACACCUGCUUAUGCUUCCACUCAAAGAUGCCAAAAAGUGAAAUUACAAGUUAACCCUGUUUGAGACUCAAAACCCCCAAAACUAUACCCUGUUCAGCGGCACUACCUCUUUAGGCCAUAUAAGGGAGUGUUUCACUUGGGUUAUCCAAGUAGCUCCAAACAUAUGAGUACCAACGCUGCACACCCAAGGUGUAUAUUUAAGCCUUUGCAAGAUCAUGGCCCUUUCAUGGAGAAAAAGUUGCCAUAGCAUCCACUCCAGAUAUAUUUCCUUUUCUCCCAUUUUCAGCACUGGAGGCAAAAAGUGUCAAAUAAUCAGUUUCCAUGAGUAAGCUAUGACUGUACAGCUUAAGAAUUUCCUUCAAAAUAUUUAAGUAGCCUAAUAAUUUCAUACCCAGAAUUAUUUUGUACUGCCUCAACUAGUGAUGGCUGGCCCUGUUGUUAUCAAUAUUGCUUUGAAGGUCAUCCUCUGAUCCUCGUUUCCGUGAUAAAAGACCUGACCCUCCUUGUGGAGUCACAGAGAGCCUGGAACUCUUCUUCCUCAUUUGUUUUGUUUGUGAUUUAGUUGUCAAGGUAACACUCACUCACAACUUGUACCUUCUUUGAAAUGUGCUGCAUUGUUGUAAUUUCCAUAAAACAAAUCAAAGAAAUCUUGUCUAGAGCUGACCCAAUUUAAGGCAUUUUAAACAUUCCCACACUCUUAGGUUGAUUUUGCCCAAAAAAAUGUGGAAGAGCAGGGUAUAAAACGAUAGGUUUUGUGUAUACUACUAGNACCUCUUUAGGCCAUAUAAGGGAGUGUUUCACUUUGGUUAUCCAAGUAGCUCCAAACAUAUGAGUACCAACGCUGCACACCCAAGGUGUAUAUUUAAGCCUUUGCAAGAUCAUGGCCCUUUCAUGGAGAAAAAGUUGCCAUAGCAUCCACUCCAGAUAUAUUUCCUUUUCUCCCAUUUUCAGCACUGGAGGCAAAAAGUGUCAAAUAAUCAGUUUCCAUGAGUAAGCUAUGACUGUACAGCUUAAGAAUUUCCUUCAAAAUAUUUAAGUAGCCUAAUAAUUUCAUACCCAGAAUUAUUUUGUACUGCCUCAACUAGUGAUGGCUGGCCCUGUUGUUAUCAAUAUUGCUUUGAAGGUCAUCCUCUGAUCCUCGUUUCCGUGAUAAAAGACCUGACCCUCCUUGUGGAGUCACAGAGAGCCUGGAACUCUUCUUCCUCAUUUGUUUUGUUUGUGAUUUAGUUGUCAAGGUAACACUCACUCACAACUUGUACCUUCUUUGAAAUGUGCUGCAUUGUUGUAAUUUCCAUAAAACAAAUCAAAGAAAUCUUGUCUAGAGCUGACCCAAUUUAAGGCAUUUUAAACAUUCCCACACUCUUAGGUUGAUUUUGCCCAAAAAAAUGUGGAAGAGCAGGGUAUAAAACGAUAGGUUUUGUGUAUACUACUAGGGCUUUAAAAGACCAACUUCUUAAUGUAUGAAAGCUUUGAGCUUUUUGGGCGUGGGUGAGAGAGUAACAGAGGCGUGAAUUUUAAUCAAGAUGUUGAUUUUUGUUUUCUAGCUUAGUAAAAAAAAGCAGUAUUUUUAUUGUAUUAAGAAAAUAAACUGACACUGCUUAGUUUGUUGACAGUUGGUUAUUUAACAAAUAAGGACGCCUUGACUGUGCUCUGUUCUGUUGUAAAGCACGCAGGACGCGGCUAGAGCACGAAAGAAGUAUAGGGGGAAACACAAGAUGCAAGAGAAAAGAGCACAGUCAAGGCUUUUUUUAUUUGUUUUAUGAUAAAGGAAUCCAUUAAGUACCCCGUGCAUUACUUUCUAAUUUUCAAAACUUUAGCUCCGUGUUUCAUACUCCCAUAAAGCACACUUUUUCAACCAAUUAGAGCGCGUAAUAUAUCUGAACUUUUUUAUAAUUUCAAUCAUUGACCCGUUUUUCAGAGCCAUGUUCUUGGAAGGCAGGAAUUUAUCAAAAGCAGAUGGCUUUUAUGUUAUUGUUUGGUUCUCACGAUUUCUUUUAUCGACGUUUUUGUGUCCCUUAGUACUGGUUGCAGUGAGGUAACUAAGUUUGCUUUCAUACAGGUUAAGCAUCACAUUUACGUCAAACGACAAACGCCAAUUUGUACCACGUGAUCAAGUUUCCCCUUCACUUGUCGUUUACUGUUCAUUAUUUCUACACAUAAAUUAGUAGUUUCACACAAUUUUUGAUCCAUAAGAAUUGUUUUGAGCUCUUUUUAUUUGCUCAUUUUCUAUUUUGAGAUAUUCUCAACUUGAAUCAGACGUUUGCCGUUUAUGUGAAGCUUAAACUCUCUGAUAAUUAACUUAACGUGAAGCUUAAACUGUCUCAUAAUGAACUUAAACUGUUUACCAAACGUGAAUCAAGAGAGUCCCCAAUAGGGUUCUUCAAUCCCGUAAUCCCGACCUAAGAUUUCGAGCAAUCCCGUAAUCCCGAGGGCUAUUUUUGGCAUCCCACCUCCCGCGCAUACUUUUAAUCCCGAAUCCCUCCCUGAUUUUGCUNAUCAUUGACCCGUUUUUCAGAGCCAUGUUCUUGGAAGGCAGGAAUUUAUCAAAAGCAGAUGGCUUUUAUGUUAUUGUUUGGUUCUCACGAUUUCUUUUAUCGACGUUUUUGUGUCCCUUAGUACUGGUUGCAGUGAGGUAACUAAGUUUGCUUUCAUACAGGUUAAGCAUCACAUUUACGUCAAACGACAAACGCCAAUUUGUACCACGUGAUCAAGUUUCCCCUUCACUUGUCGUUUACUGUUCAUUAUUUCUACACAUAAAUUAGUAGUUUCACACAAUUUUUGAUCCAUAAGAAUUGUUUUGAGCUCUUUUUAUUUGCUCAUUUUCUAUUUUGAGAUAUUCUCAACUUGAAUCAGACGUUUGCCGUUUAUGUGAAGCUUAAACUCUCUGAUAAUUAACUUAACGUGAAGCUUAAACUGUCUCAUAAUGAACUUAAACUGUUUACCAAACGUGAAUCAAGAGAGUCCCCAAUAGGGUUCUUCAAUCCCGUAAUCCCGACCUAAGAUUUCGAGCAAUCCCGUAAUCCCGAGGGCUAUUUUUGGCAUCCCACCUCCCGCGCAUACUUUUAAUCCCGAAUCCCUCCCUGAUUUUGCUGUAAAAAUUCGAAUCCCGAGCUUCAAACUAGGGAAAUCCCGUAUCCCGGAAAACCUAUUGGGGACCCUCAAUCAACCAUUUCUCAUAAACAGCUUAGGUUUGCAGGUAGAGUUUUAGUUCUUCGCUCUGUUUCGGGACCACGUCGCUCAAAAAAGUGAACUUAAGGGCAAGACUAGCUUAAAGAAAAAGUAUUGGUUUCUCUGUCCACCUUCACAAAGUGCCAGGUAUUGGCACCGGAGGAACUCGCGAGCCACAAAAUGAAAUUAGGAUGACAUAUAAUAAAAAACUUACUUAUAAUAAACCACAUUUUUUAAGGCCUUGUCUGGUUAAGGCUGAUUUAGCAACAGAACGGGAAUGCCAACUGACGACGAGAAAGCGCGCGGAAAGGACUUAACGCUACUUCCGGUGCCCAUUUUGCCGCUCUGCGAUUGGUCAAGCCAGUUGUUUGAUUUUGCGCGCGCCGUCCCCAACUGACGUUCUCGUUCUGUUGCUAAAUCAGCCUACUUAGUGUUGGCCCGAGGUGGUUGCAGUGUAGCUCGCGUGCAGAAAUAGAGGACGUCCGAACGCAGACAUAAUUGUAGUGUGGACCGAGCUAAGAGGUUAUAAUUCUUUAAUUGCUCCAGUUCCAGAUUCAUUACCGUAACCAUAAACUCGCAGCAAAUUAACUUUUAGACCAAAAAAGUAGUCUCGAUGAUGAUGAGUACUAGAUCACCGCAAAAACUAUCAUGCAUAGUUAUGUCAUGUUCACACAAGUGUAUAAUGUAGUAGUAAUGAUUUCUUUUCAGUCUGUCAGGAUCCGCAGACUUCUUAGGCCUUUCUUUUUGAUACAAAAUUCCUCACUGAUGAAGAAACUGGUGAGUUCUGGUCUACAUAAAGCUUAAGAGUUAUAUCAUGAAAUUUGUUAAAUAAAACUUUUCAAACUUUAUUCAACGCGAACGCGAUUGACGCGCGAGGAAGGAGGAAGGAACUUCCUAUUCUUCUACCUCUCUCGCGCGACCUUCGUGUACGCGCGUUUCCCUUUAAAGCUUUCCCUCCAGAGAGGAGAUUUUGGUAAUGCUUUUGGCAGCGAAUGCAAGGCAUGUAUUUCUGUACAGGCACCAAUCUCGUCAACACUUUCGUAAAGCUAUUUACCCAGGGUUUAGACAUGUUAGAAAAAUUCGGCAGACAAUUUCUGGUAAACGAUUACCCUUUUCAGCUGCUCUUCAGGCAUGUCUGGAAUAAUCGACUUAAAAAAAAACACUGUUAUAUUUGGGUUUGGAGGUAGAUUUUCUUGCCCCUUUGCCAAGGAGUUAUCCUGUAUUGAAAUUAAUCUUUUGACUGUGGAUUGUCUUCUUGCAGCUGCGUGCUAUAAGAAGAACUGUUCCGGAAAUUCUCAGGUACCAUUGCAUAAUUUUAUAGAGAAGACGUUAUGAUCAGUAAGGUUUCUGCAACUUUCAAACAUUUUCAGCGUUUUGUUAGUAAAACUUAACAGGAGUUGCUUUAUAGCUCGUAGAGAUAUCCAUAAAAAUUCAGAGGGUUUUUAGUAACGUGUAAUAAGAAUUGACUUGCAUUUUUUAGCACGUGUCUGUUUUCAACUCGGCGUGAAGGCAACACGAAAUUAAUAUACGUAAGAAUGUAGAGCAAAAACAUAAAUCAAUUCGCUCCGACGGAGAGCCAGUCAGCUCGAAACGUCAGCUUAGGAAUAUACUCUUUAGAACCGAGUGGAAACAAAGUAAAGUUGGCAGGAAAAACGCACGACGACGGCGACGGCGACGGCGACGGCAACGAGAGCGAGAACCGCACAUGCAAGCGAUAGGUCUAGGCAUCAAAGUUUUUCGUACAUUGUUUCUUUGUGGUAAUUGCAAUACUUAAAUUAAGAAAACUUUUCGAGGAGGAGAUUUAACUUUAAAGUUUUUUCGCGAUUUCUCAAAAAAAACGAUACCAGACACCUUCAUUAUACUUAUUUCUACCAGGAAAGUCUACAAGUUUUUUUUAUUGAAGGAGGUUAAGUCCUCUUCAGAGCGCAAAAUGAUAAACUUCUUCUAACAUUUGGUAAUUUGUCUCCGCCAUUGCGUCAUCUUGCUAAAACUCGUAGUAGAAUGACGACGGCUAUCACGUUUUCCCGCUAAAAUGACGCUGGUUCACUCGCGUGUACUGCUUAGCAUUGUAAAAAUUCCAUCCUCGAAGUCGUCCUCGUCGAGGUAGGCUCAACUACUUCACUUCAGUUUCAUGGAAGACAUAGUCACAAGACGACGAUUUGUUUUACCUUUCUCUAAACUUAAGUACGUCCUUUAGAAUUCAGCAUUAGAAAUACUCAACACUUGAAAAAUUGAAUACGAGCGAUGAAUUUUGAAACAGCGCCAAUUCGUUUUAAGUGCCGUCACGUUUUCGCCGCCGUCUCCGUGGUGGUUGCUUAAGUUCACGAGUAGCUCACUGUGUUCUGCUCUAGAAAGAACAAAACGUGACAAAGCUCAGAAAGGAACAAAAGUAACACAAACUCAACCUACUUUUGAAAAGUAACACAGUUGAGCACAUUUAGACGCCUGCAGGGGCUGUUAUGAGUUUUUACCAGGGUGUUGGGUCCGAAUCCGGGGGCAGUUGGACAAGACUGAAGGUGGACGUCAUCACUUGCAUCUCACGUUUAGAUGAUAGCAGUUACCUUUGCUUGUACAACUGGCCCCAGACCCUUAGCAUGAAUGUAUUCCAUGAGCUUAACAUAUUUGUCUCUUAAUUUCAGUGUGCUGUUCCUUCUGGUGCUUCAUUUGUGGUUCUUUGCCAUGUGUGGCAUGCUUUUGUUUCCACAAGUAGGUCACUUAAUCUUUACUAAGACCCUAUCCACACUAAUGCGCUUUUAAAAGUAUACGUUUUCGUUGUCAUCGAAAACGCAACGAUCGAUUCGCGUCCACACUACCGUUUUGAUGCGUUUUCGACUGUUCGCACUAAAACGUUCAAAAACGUUCGAAAUGCACGUUGUGACGUAAGUUGAACUCUACGAGCAUACUACAAAAACACGCGCCUGCGAUAUUUUCAGUCAUCGUUUUCAUUUUGGUGCGUUUUCAACCGUCCUCACUAAUACGAUAUGUAUGCGUUUUCGUUUUGAUCUACUUUCAAGAGCGUUUUCAAAUCGAUGCGUUUCGAUGAAAACCCUCAGCGUAUUAGUGUGAACGGAAGGCCUAAACGCAUCAAAAUGUACGCGUUUUUAAACGAAAACGCAUUAGGGUGGACGGGGCCAAAUAAGAAGUUCUAGUUCUAGUUCGAAGUUCGCACGCUACGAGAAAUCAGGUAAGGUUAAUCUUACCAGUGGUCUUUCAUUACACUUCAGUUUAACUGCUUUGCGCUAGUUGAUUGGCUAAAGAAUGCCCCGCCACUUUGGUGACAGUCAGGAGAAAAAUCAAAACUAAUCCUGAUUCGCGCGCUUUUCUCACGCUUGGCGUAGGUCAGACGCUUUUUUGUUCGAGUUUUGAUUGGUUCGGUUUAUUAGGCCGAUUUAGUAACAGAACGGGAACGUCAGUUGACGACGCGCACCCAAACCAAGCAACUGGCUUGACCAAUGGCAGAGCGGCAAAUUGAGCACCGGAAGUCGUGUUUAGUCCUUUCCGCGCGCUUUCCCGUCGUCAACUGACGUUCUCGUCCUGUUGCUGAAUCAGCCUAGUGUGUGCCUCAGUUCUGAUUGGCCAGCUGCACGUAAGAUCCCGCUUUAAUGAAAUUAAUGAAAUUCAUUUGUGCUGCCAGGCUGAUCAAUCUUUUUUUGUGUUUCAUGUGAUUUUUUCGCCAACUUGAAGUCUAAGCUGAGGAAAAACAAUACCCUUGCGGUAAUGUACUUUUAUUUUUAAUGUUUGCUAUUUUCCGCUAUUUUCCAAGACAUAAGAAACCGGAAUCUUUACUCGUUUUAAUUGAACUAUUUUCAAUUCUUUUUAACAGCAUUUAUUUUGGAGUACCAACCUUUACAACUUUAUCCACUCUUUUUAUAAUAUUCCCUAUUUACUUGCAAGGUUAACCUGAGUGUUAAAUUACAAGUUCUGAUUGCCACCAUGUAGGACCGCUUCUUAACAGUCUCCAUUGUUACGAGAGCUCUGAGUGCUGGGAAAGCUUUUAUGUGGGCAUUGUGUGAACCUUUGAAAUUGCAUCCAGUCAGCACACUAGUUAAUGAAGAGCCUUUUACUUUAGUUGCUGUAGCACUUUAAGCUAGUGUGAGUGUAGGGUAAACUGAUGUAAGUGUGACUCGUUAAACAUUUAUAUAUUGCUUACGUUCGUAUUAUAUUGUUUUCAGGAAACUGAGUGUGGCUCCCAGAGAAAGGAUUUAAAACUCGGUUUGAAUUGUGAAGGCUAUUACUACUUUUCGUCGUUUGAAGUUUCGUUAAGAAGUCUUCUGGUCCUGUUGACUACUGCUAAUAACCCAGAUGGUGAGUGGAGAUUCUUUGCCUCUUAGAUCCCUGCAGAAUGCGCAGGGAAAACGUCUGUUGUGCACGAAAAAGGACAAGAGAUAAGUGAUUGCGAAGCGACAGUGAAGUGUUGCGCGCGGUCAAUAAAAAAAUUGCAUGUUGUUAACCACUCGUUCCUCUCUCUCAGUGAGCGCGGAGCGCUGGGUAAGUACCGGUGAGGGAAGCGUCUGCAGCCAGUACUAGUUCGUUGCCAGUCGUAAUACUCAGUCCUCGACCACACCUCCUAUGAUUCAAAACUUAGGAGGGGGAGGGGACUAGCCUGGUUAGUCCCCUUCCCCUCCUAAGUUUUGAUGCCAUCAACUGUGGAACACUGAGCUGAGAGUUUUAUGAUCGUUUGAAUUGAGAAACCAAUAUGCGCUAUGAUUGGUGAAGCCACUAUGUAAGCUGUGAUUGGGUAAUGGUUGAAUUGGAAAUAUAUAGACCUCUUUAAUAAUGGCAGUCCAUUAAUAUGUUCUUUAUUAUGUAUGAUAGUUAGCCUUUCUAACCUCUUUAGCAUGUGCAAAAUACAACUGCGAGCAUACUCCUUUCACUGCAGAGCAUCAUCAGCCAGACAAAUUGUCAUUUUCCACAGAACCCAAUAGAGACGGAUUUACCUCUUCUUUAAUAAAUUCUCUUGUAGUAAUGAUGCACGCGUAUAUGAAAAACAGAUGGUAUGCUGUGUUCUUUGUGACAUUUACUAUAGUUGGUAAGUCAUGUUAAGUCUUAUUUUAAAAGCUUUCUUACUUAGCCAAUUAAAGCCUUCUUUCCCCUUUGUAACCAGCUACUUAGAACAGUUCUCUAAUCUUUUUUAAAACUACUUUUUUUAUAUGUCGAUGAUAUAGAUUUUGUAGACACCUAGUUUUACCCACUUAGCAAUUCGUUCCGGUUUGUACUUACCCAAAGCAACAACUUUAUCCAUCAAUUUUCAAUGUCAAUUACAAUGCGUGUGGCCCUCGGUUAGCCUAGGCGCCAGCCUAGGUAGGCACAAGAAAAGAAGUCACAUUGAAAUAUCAUCCUGGUAAAAUCUAGGCUAUAUUGUCAAUUUAUUAGACUCAGCUGUAUUAUAAUGUGCUUUAUAGAUCGUAAGAUGGCAGGCACAAAAAUGUGAUUAGUAGAAUCCAACUGGUGGUCUGUUAUCCAUGCAGCGUUCUGAUUGGUUGAGCUACUACUAGGCUAUAUGUUAUAGCCCACUAGUAGCGAAAAGCGCCCGCUUUGAAAACCAAAACAAUGGCGGCUGAAUCGCGUUUUCCUAGCUAAAGUUGUUUUGUCUCGAUAUUUGUGACCAACUAGUUGGGUUUUACUAAAACAAUUAAACCUUUCGCCCUCAUGGCCUCUGAGUCAGUAGCCCAUGAGGCCGACUAUUGACUAAGAGCCCAUUCGGGCUCGAGGAAAGAUUGUUAAAUACACCUGGGGGCUACGCGGCUCGCUCUCCUAUAAGAGAACCUACAAUCGGCGACAAAAUUAGGUGAGACACUUCACUCAACGGAAUUUCUGACGUUUUACUGGCUUCAGAAGGGGAAAAUAAAAGCUUUUCCUCUCUGAUCACCUCCAUGCAAUGUCGUGCCGCUGUUCGAACUAGAAUGGAGGGGAGGGGAGAAAGGUAUGUCAUUUGUUCUCUGAAGUUACCCUAUUUGAGUACAAUAAUGUCUCAACAAUUGUGUCGCCAAUUCUUGUUGCAGGCCAAGAGAAAAAAAGCACUGCCCUUCAUGCUUUAAAGUUAAUGGUACUCUUUUCUUUCUUACAGGACUUUACUUCUUUUUGAAUCUGUUGACUGCUGUUAUCUACAAUCAGUUCAGAGGAUUUUUGACCGUAAGUCCUGUUGAGCGAGUGCAUGUCAAAUUUUCGGUUUUCUCCCGGUUAUAAUAACCUAAUGGUUUGGAUUUAUGGUAGCUGCAUUUAUUUAUACACCGUAUAGAAAAAUUUCAGCAGAUCUGUGUUUAGAAAAAAUUCAGUAAACUACGAUUGAAUUUCAAUGUAACUGUUGGCUUAUGCUAUAUUCAUGAAGUAAAACUUCAAACUAUUUACAAGGAGGUGUUAAACUACCUUUGGACAGGCCUCUUUACACAGUCUACCAAAGAGGUCUGCUUUGUAGUUUAGCUUUGAAACAGUCAAUGCUAGAUAACUCUCUUGUUUGCCAGUCCAAAGAAUUUCACAUACUCAAAGACUUGUAACAAUUGGGUUAACGAGAGAUCAAGAGAUCCAUUUUAAGCAGAGGUACUUCAAAAGCGGUCAAUUUCAAUUGCGAAUAUUGUCGGGAGCAGAAAGACGGAGAAAAAGUGCCGAGUGGGUACUAGAAAACUCAGUUUCCUUAUAUGAUGUUUAUGUCUCAGGAAAACGAAAACUAUUUUUUCACUCUCUUUAAGAGUUCACUACAAGCAAGUUUCUUCCGUCGAAGAGUUGGUAUUAGAGCUGCUUUUGAGGUUCUUCUUCAAAUUCAAGAUACAGACAGCGACCUUCCUUUGUAAGUAAUAUAUAUUACUAUUCAACUCAUCGUUUUGCAGCAAUGUUGAAAAACAAGUAGCACGUUUUUGUUGCCUGUUUUUCUGUACCUUUACUUUUUUUGUUUCGGAAAUGAUACUCGAAUAUAGACAUUAUGGUUUUUAUUGCAGAGGAACGAUAAGUACUGCAGAUGCCAGGCAAGCCAUUGAAAGAGCAAAGAUUGGCUCACGAGGUGGACAACGCGUGCUUUAUGUAAGAACUAAGAAUAUUUUGUUACCUUUGGAGCUUCUAGUUGCAUUUUGAACAGUUUCAACUGAUUGUUGAGACAAUUUCGUGAUUGUUCUUGUUUUACAUAACUGUUCUUUGUGAUUGGCUGAAACAUUUCGCGCCACUUUCUUCGAGAUCAAAGGAUGCGUUCCUUUGAGAUGAUCCGGAUCAGGAUCAGUGAUCCGAGAUCACUCGGAUCAUGGUAGAUUAAAUGACCCGAUGAAUCCACUCUUGACAAGGAUUCAACGGUUCAUUUGAUCUACCAUCCUGAUCCAGAUCAUUUCAAAGGAACGCACCCUUAAUUGGUGCGUUUGAGCAAAACAAACGUGUUGACGAUCGAAACAGAUUAUUAUCGUAGUUUUUGAAAACUUGUCAGACAAACGGUUUUUCAGAGUUCGUUUUUGUUGUUUGUAACGUUUGAUAUGGUGCUAGGGGGACAUAUCUGUUGAACACCAAGCUGUUAUUUUGUUAUUCACGAGUUAUUUUUUCAAGUUUUGUAGCGAAUAAAGACGCUCAUAAACAAAAUACAUGCUGGGCCGUGACAUAUCCUGCGAACAAUCUCUGCGGGACGCUCUGGCGGCGGGUUGGGAAAAGGAAGGAGAGCUUGCAACUACAUCUCUGGAAUUUUAAUUCCACCUCCCAUUCCCCUUUGGCUCCCCGUCGACUGAGCUGUCAGAUUUUCGCCAAUCAGCGCGAAUCGGAAACGAGCGCGAAUGUAAACAAACAUUGAAAAACACGUGCCAAGGGUGAUGACGUCAAUACUGAAGUCAUCUCCGCCAAUCAGCAUUUCGCAUCGACUUUUUCGAUGCAGAUAUUCAAAUUCCAGAGACGCAGUUGCAAGCUGUCCUUCCUUUUCCUGCUCCGCCGCCGGAGCGCUCCGGAGAGCUUGCUCGCAGGCUAACCGUGAUACAGCCUCUUUAAGAUGCUUUCAAAUGCUUCUCGAAAUGCCUCUGUAAGAGAAAUUCCCGGAAGCUCGCCGCGGCUGUAAUACCCCAACCUAACUAACUCGCUUGCUCAUAGGUCUCCAAGGAAGUGAUUAGUCAUUGAAAAGGUAUUUUCUUUUCUUUUCGCGUUUGUAGUCCUUGACUCAACAUCCAACUGGUCACCUAACAGCAAAGCAAUUCCAGGACUUGUUUGAUGUACUAGACCAGGGAGUCAGGCGUCGAGCAAGACCAGCCAUGAGCUUUGUAGAGAACAGAGUACUAAGAAAGAUUCAAAUCCUUGUCUCUAACAAAUUAUUUGAUUACACCGGCGAUUUUAUGUGUGCAGUGAAUGUACUACUCGUGUCUGUAAGUAUGAAAGCCCCAUACUGGUUCUCAGAAUUUCAAACGUGCGUGACCCAAGGAAUACAGCCUGGGCAUGAAAAGGGGGACUUAACCGGGUGGGGGGGCUACUCAACAAAGUCUUCUGCGGGGAGGCUCAGCCCCAAUGUCCAGCCACUUGCACCCUUUUCACAUACCUACUUACAAAGAAUGAAACCACUGAAUGAUAAAUCCCAACCUUUGCCUGAAGCCUGAAAAAGUUUUCGAGAGGAACGUUUCCAAGUAGGACGUUAUAGGGGAUACCCCUCCCCCGGAGGAAAAAGGGCGCGCGAGAGGGGAAAAAGACGUGUUUAGUUUCCUUCCCUCCUUCCUCGCGCGUCUUUGUUUCCCGCUUCCUUUCUCCUUUAAACACCCUCUACAAAGACUAACAUAGAUUGUUCGCCCAGUCUUUAUAAUAGAUGACGUCCUGGAACCUGCUAUGAAUUGGAUGAAUUUAGCCUGCUAUGAAUUUAAGACAGUAUUUUGGUAAAAACUUAGUAAAGAUUGAGGACAAAUGUUUAGCCUCUUCUAUAGAAAAGGCGUGGCAAAGGUUCUCUUACAAGAUCAUUGCAUGCAGAACAUGAACCGUCGGAGUCUUUGACUCCCUCGACGCAAUUAUUUGUUUAUCCUUUGUUGGCCCCCUAAACGUCCAUAAGGUACGGGUAAAAAAAGCUUACUUAGAGCCUGCACGACAAUUCGUACGCGGUUAUUCUUUGACUUUCAGUUUUUGUUGGACUAUGAACAAGACACAAUAUGGGUGAACAGAAACUCGCAUUUGGCGGUAAGUGGUGAUGUUCAUGUCUUGUAAUGUCUGACUGAACAAUAUUCUUUCAGUCAUCAAAGUUCCACAAUAAUACACUGCUAACAAUCUCCCAGUAUACCUUCAAUUUUCAAGAUCGAUCGCCGAAUUAAAGCGUACAUCGAGAUUAUUUCAACCACGCGUCAAACAAGUCGGAGGAAAAUAAAUAUUGCCCCGACUGUCAUAGUUUCUGGAGUCCGCAAGGCAGAUUACACUCGCCAUAAAUUUAUAUUUCGUGCGCGUCGUGAGAUUGACUUCGCCCACUGACUUUCAGAUUAAAACAUUGCGCGGUCUUGUAGCAAUCUAGGGUGUACCGUUCCAAAAGUAUAGAUUUGGAACCGUUUUAGCCUAAAAACGAGGGUCAUCUACAUGACACGAAGAUAUCAGAAAUAUUAAAAAGUGAGUGUUAUCAUUUGGCUUGGCUCGAUUUCCGGUGCUCUCUCGGUUUUCCCCAAGAAGGAAAUAGGGACCUUACGAUCCGACAACGGGGACGUCCAUGAAAACGUCACUGAAAAAUAGGCUUCCGCAUCCUUUUAGACGUUUUCGCGAUUAUCUUAAUUUGCCAUGUUACUUAAAAGAAGGGAAUUUUGGUUGGAGCUGAAGAGAAGGGGCCGCGCCCGAGAUCAGACAGGGAUGGUAGAAUUUAUCGCCUUGCCGUUCCCGUACUCAAGUAAACUUAAAAUGUGGUCAUUUCACGUCGUUGUUGUGCAGGGACAACAAAGAAAUGUACAAAAAGCGUGAUGCACGUGCAGAGUUCUUGUUUCGCUCAUUAAACCUAUUGGAUUUUUGACGUUCUCCUUGCCGUCGCCGUCAUAGUUUCAUAAGGUCCCUAUUGUUGGUUCGGGGAGGGAGCGCGGUCCCAUUUCUUGAACAGCGGCUCGAAAGCCUAUCAUUUGGCGCGAACUGAAUUAUUCACGCAACUCAGUUACAUUAGAUACUACAGUAUGUUAGUUACUGCUCCCUUGACACCUGAUAAUUUCGCGUUUUUUGCAGAUUGCCAAUUUAAUUUUCGUGUUAUACUACCUCUUAGAACAGGUAAGGAAAUGCCAGUUAACUUUUUCCCUGUGCGCGCAUUUGUUUAUUGUUCUCACAAACAUAAGGCCGUAACUUAAACGACAGUGUAAAGCUUACACCAUCUUCCUGUCGCUGUUGUGUGAAACGUUUUCACUCUCAAAAAAUUGUAAAACUGUCAGGAAUUUCAAUGAUUUCAAGGGAUUUUGUCCAAACAAUGCCUCCUGAAGUUAGUCGUGCCAUUUUCUAAUCAUUAUUGCUAGACGGGACCAAAACUGUGUUUUUACUUUUUCAUUUUUCUCGAGGCGUCAUUGUUCUCCCCCUUUUUUCCUUUGCAGGGUAUUUACUAGACUUUUAGGCGGGAAAAGUCUCCACGGAAAGCCCGCGCGAGGAUCGUGAAUUUUUUUCAAAAACUUACGGGUGAAUUGCUUAUGAAGAGUUUAUUGGGAUUUUUUGAUGAACUUUAUUGUUUCUUUGUGUUUUUCCGGUUUGACGAAAUCGUGUUCAUCUCGGUUUGGUUAGAAAGAUCUCGUCCCCCGCGGAGGUUAAACUUUGUCAAUGACCCUGUAAACUGAUAGUAUUCCAAACGCCAGAAGCGUUGUUGAUCUGCACGGGUUGAGGUUUGAAUGGGUUAAGAUUUUCCUAACAUUUUAAUUUUUUAUAUUGAUUUACAUGAGGGCAGUCAAUUCCAGCAGUCUCUGGAUUAUCCUAUUUUGUUUUUUGUCUGUUUGUCAUAUAUUUUCUUUUCCCUCGAACUAUUCGCCUCUUUCCCUGUACUCUUACUCCUGCUGCGAUUCACGUAUUCAGUCUAGUCGUAUGAAUAUUUUUUCUUUUGGUUGUAGUUGUUGAAGCUGUGGGCCGUUGGAUGGCAGAGAUAUCGAUCAUCUUUGGUAUGACACUGUCGGUAGCCGUACCAAAUAAAGUUAUUAGCAUUUCAAUGACGUAAUGUAUUUGAUAAAACUUUUAAAAAAUCCCGACUCUGUAGUUAUGAUAUUGAAAUAAAAACUGCUAAUGUUUUAGAGAGAACUAGUGUAAAUAUAAAACAUUUUGCCUCGUUAUUAGACUCUUUUUAGCCUAGUUUUACCAACCACUUCCUUGGUAGCCGAUCAAGUACAGUUUAAUUAAAGCUUACCAGUCCCUUUUCAAGUGGCUCUUAGCCUCUUUUUCGAAACGAGGCGUGUUGCACAACCAUACAUACGGAAAUGCGAAUGCGAAAUCGCAUUUUCACGUGAAAGGGUGAGCAUCAGGAGCCUCUUUGAAAAAGAGGCUUAAGCCCCGUGAAAACGGGCGCAACUUUGUUGGUCAACAACUCCCAACAUUGUUGGAUUUUAUAUAUUGCGUCCGUUUGCCUACCUUGUUGCAUGUUCUCAAAGGUUGAAAGCGGUCAAUCUUUUCAGCCAACAGCUCCAAACAUUUCUUUUGUUCCGUGAUCGCCGGAGCGUAGCGCAACAAUGUUGGAUCCGUUUGCACAGCUCUUCGAACAACUAGUUGGGGCCACCCACGCGCAUCACACUUGGUCUCGUUGCAAACAGUAACGCCAUAACUUUGCGUGAUAGGCCAACACCCGUGAUGGGCCAACACUGUUAAAAUUUUUUUUUUUUAAGAGUUGUUGCAUCCGUUUGCAGGCCACUGCCAACACGGACGCAACAACCCCCAGCCGACACUGUUUGCCCAACUAUGUUGGGACUUGUUGCAUCCGUUUUCACACUACUGCCUACACGCACGCAACAACAACCAACAUUGUUGGGCCAACAAUGUUGGGAGUUGUUGCGUCCGUUUGCAUGUAGCUUUAGAGUAACUCGGAAAUGGACUACUAUUGCAGUAAGUUUAGGAUGUUUAAGUUAGAACUCCACCUUUUAAUGCGUGCAUUUUUCAACUCUGUAGGUCAAUAUUUAUUGUGGAGCCAUAACACUCUUCUUAGUUGUAAGUAUUAUUUAACCAUUUUAUCCGUUAAACCUUUAAUAGAUUUUAGAUGAUUUGAAGGGACGGCCUUAAAGGAAAGCUGAAUACCGCUAACGUGUUGUUGACCCAGGAUAUUUGAAACUCGGAGUUACGUGUGGUCACUAUAUUUUUUCACAUUAAAUUUAUUUCGCAUUCCCACUUCUAAUUGUCAUGCUGUAUACAUUAUGUUUAAAGUAUCGCACGUCCGUACCAAUUUUCUAGAUAAUAUGCGUCGUUUAAUUCUUGCAGGUUAUAGAGAUCGUACAUGUCAGCCUGUAUGGUUCUCCUUUUACAAAGUAAGUGGAAUUAAAUAACUUAAAUUUCUCGACUAACUCAAUUUGAACACAAGAGCGGCGCCAAAAGACCAUAUUAAUUUAUUUUAGAAAUAGCAUGAAGUCGAGGGUUAUUUCGGGAGAUUUCCAGCAGUAUUCUCGACUGCAGGCUAGUUCCAGCCUUCUAGUAUGCAAACAUUUUCAUUUUGUUUUGUUUGUUCGAGGUUUUUCUGUGAUGUGUUGCGUUUAAUCUAAACGCACUCAGAUUUCGACAAGACACUCUAUCUUCCGGCUCAGUGUGCUUAUUCUGAAAUAACCUGAGAUCAGGCCCAAUUUUAGCGGUUCUCAUACAUUCUCUCUAACGGCUAGCGCUAGAAUUGUUUCGUUUAAAAUGACUUCGUUUCGCCUUGCCCGCCGGAAUGUUAUUUACAAAGCGAAACGAAAAUUGAGUCUGAUCUCAGGUUAAUUCCGAAAUUUCAGGGGAAAAAACAUCCCCAAAAUGUGCUCAAAUUCGCCCGAAAAUAUUCCGUCUGAGAAUAUUGUAGCACGAGAUGUAUUUAGGUCCUAGUAACGUAAUACGUUUGUUCCUGUUAGAAUUCUGAUGUUUAAGCACAAAUUUUUUCAUAUUCGUAUUUACUUUUAGGUCAGACGACGGAAGCUAUGAAAGAAGUUCGUUUGACCUGAGAAAUCUAACACAAGUCAUCAACAUUUUGAUCACAUUUCGUCUGUUAAGAAUUGUACCUCAUGUCAGGGUAAGUUUUUGGCUUUUGUUUGUCUUUCUUCGCGUUUCAUGGGAGAAAGAAGUUUAAAAUGUCUUCAGGAUGGUUUUCAAGCGAGUGUGAUCAAAUCGUAGCCAAAGCUAUUUCCUGAGAAAAGCAACGACUCUGCACGUGCAUUGAACUCAAACCUACACGUACAGUUUUUCAUCAAUUAUCUCUGGUCUUUGUCUCAUCAACUUAGUUAAUUUCAAUCAAGGUCAAAAACUGUAGUUCACCAUUAGUUUAGAUUUUCUUCCUAUUUUUGUGUUAAAUGUUUAUUACCUUUUUGGUUUGUUUGUUUUGUUUUUGUUGUUGUUUUUUGUCAUUUGUGUCUUUUUCUUUCAGGCGCUUCGUCUGAUUCUCAAAACAUUGUUGAAGUUGUUAAAAAACUUGAGGCCCUUCGCGGGUAUUAUAGUGGUAAGUUGAAAUAUUUACAUCUCGUGUUCAAAAAUAAAGACAGCGGAGUUUCUCUCUUUCUGAAUACAACACUAAAACUACUCUUUGGAAGAGUACUGUUAUAUUUUUUAUAUAGGGCCUAUGUUGCUAGUUGGUUUUAAGUGAAAGGUAGUGGCUUUAAGUUGACAUUAGCCAUUUUCACAACUGUCGCGCUCCAUUUUAAGUUCUUCCAAUGAAGCUCGCCUUUGCUGUUAAGAGGUUCAGUGCUUAUUCGUUAUAAGUUCGUAACAAUUGGGUAGUUUUAUCUUAUUGAAUGAAACGCUUUUUGUAGCCAUCCUUAGGUUUAGUUGUAAAAAUUAAGUGCCCGUUUUUUUUGUUUGUUUGUUUGUUCGUUUGCAUAUUUUUUUUUUGUUAUAACCUGUCAUCUUGUAUCUUACCCUCUAGGCGUUUUAUUAUAUUUUCGCAAUAUUUGGAAUGAUGCUUUUUAAUGGUGUCACUGAUCCGUCAAAUGUUGGGGCCAAUAAAACACGGUAAAACACUGCUAUUUUAUUGUGGCAACAAAUAUAUUUGUUAUAUAGCUGGAAAUUUUUUCCCAGCAGCGCGCGAUCUCAUUGGUUACUUCGAGGUCACAUGACUUCUAACACUGAAACUGUUUCCUACCAAAAUCUCUGAGAGGGCAACAUUGCAAAAUCUCUGCCAUUACAGCCGGUAACAGUGCACUGCUACGCGCGAAUGUUGACCGCUGGUGAGAUUUAUUUUCAUAACUUUGUACACGAAAAAGUUUUUUUUCGUGGGCUAUGUAACAAAUCACUUAAAGACUGGUCCCUCGGGAAACAGUUCAUUGUGUUUCCGUCGCAUCUCAAUGUUUCGCUCGGCUCCGCCUCGGGAAACGAAAUUAACUGUUUCCCUCUAGACCAGUCAUUAAGUGUUUAAGAUUUUGUUCUUAAACAUAUGCCUAUAAUUUGUUUAGCAGAAGCUCGUGAGGUGUGCUGCGUUUCUAUUUAUAUAUAACUUGAAGUGAGUUUUCAUUCUUUCGCCUUUUGCAACCAUUUGAGGUCUGAUUAUAUGUCGUACAUGUAACCAUCUUCUGUCAGAAGAGGCAAGGAGCUCCUCCUUUAUAAACUGCCCAGUUUUCAGGAACUCAACAGACCUUGGAAAAUUGCGCUAAGUUCCCAUACAAUAUCAGGCAACGCUCUUUAGAAGCGCUCUCAGGCUGUAUGGUAUCUAUGGCUGGAAAUACAUUUUCGCCGAAGAAGACUUUUUAGCAUUUGCCAUGCGCUUUGUUACUCUAUUGCUGGAGUAUUUCAGUAGUCUUGUUGAAGUGUUUCUUUGCGCCGCAACUGCGUAUGCGGAGAUGUCUUUGAGGACUGACUACGUUUGUGAGAAUAACCAAAUGGUAUCAGGGUAAUCUGUUGGUUGCUAAAUUCUAUAUUACCAAGCUUGUGGCAUUUCGUACUAUUCUCGGUGGUAAGUAAUUGAUCUCGUCGCACUAAGGAACACAGUUUUAUUUUAUUUUGUUUUUCUUUUCUGCCGACAGUAUGUAUGUUGAGGAAUGUGGUUCAUUUGACCAGCUACAGUACUACGCAAAUAACUUCGACGAUUUCUUUGUAAGUAUACAUUUUUCCAUUGAAAUAACUCUUUAAAAAGUUAUUUUAGAAAGUGCACUCUUAUCGACACUGUUGAUGUCUCAAGUGCGCUGACAAAACUCAUUUAAACUAAAACCACCUAUUUGCAGCAUGAUAUCUAUUUUCUUCAGAACAGGAAAUGAUAAAUAUCUUUUUUGUUAAUCUUCCCCGUGAGUAGCGAUUUUCAAAGCGCGGUCGUGUAUUUUGUGCACUGUACAGUCCUCUAAGAAAAUGAUGGACUUCCCGGGGUCUGAUUCAAGCAACUGGUACUGUCGACUCUAAAAGAGUCAUCUUCAUUGUUGCUUCAUUUGGCUACAUUCAGUAAAAUAGCCCACGUUUGAUAUAUUAAAAUUCUAACGUGACUCCAGGCUUAAGGGUCAAAAUUGCAAAUUUUUUACCACUCCAUUGUCUCGCAAUUCCCAGAAGCGAUUUGAGCACAAAGAAUACCAAACCAAAUAUAGAAAAAUGACCAGAAAGCCUCGAAGUCAUGUUAGAGUUUUAAUAUAUCUGACGUGGGCUAUUGAUAAUAGUAUCAAUUAAAUUUUGUAAGCCCAUACCCUGAGCAAGCCCUUUCACUUUCUCUUAUCUCUGAUCUGCCCCUUCCCCAAACAAAUACUGAGUGAUUCUCGUCAAAUAUAGCUAUCGUGCAAUUAGUCGUUUAAGACCGCCAAACCGCCUUGAAAUAGUUCUUCACUUUAGCCAGACUUUAUUCAAAGAACCUUACGACAAGUAUUGCUUUAUCAGUGUCAAACGUCCGAAGCUUGGCGUGUCAUUAACGUCUUUUAAGGUGUUUCGUCUUGAUGACUGGUUUCUAGUGAUUGUUUUAAUUUUUGUGUGUUAUUUUGCAGGCAGCAUUGGUGGUGUUAUGGGAUUUGAUGGUGGUUAACAACUGGCAUGUAUUUCUUAAAGAGUAUGCCGACGUCGUUAGUGGGUAAGUCACACAGAGUGCAAGUUAAAACUGCAUGGCAUAUUUCGGACAGAAGUCCUUGAAGUUUUGCUAGAUGUAGUUUUUGGCAUAAUCGAUAUGGACAAAAUUUUGACAUCAGUCAAAGUGAAAUUUUUGACCAAUUUUAAACUAUACCUGACUACGGACAGAAAUUUUUAAUCACUAUCAAGUUUGGUAUUAAUUGUAUUGUUCCAUGUUCCAGGUGGUCGCAGCUGUACUUUAUCGCUUGGUAUUUAACGUCUGUUAUUCUCAUCAUUAACCUUUUUGUGGCGUUAAUUUUAGAGGUCAGUUCACCGUUCUUUCUUGUACAGUAAAGUUUUUCUGUUGUUGUUGUUGUUGUUGUUUACUUUUCAGCCAAAUGGGAGGCGUAGGUCAACACGAGUACUGCCUUUAAAGUUUAAACAAAGUCAGACAGUUAGAAUCCGGAUUUCUCUUACCCUCGGGUUUUCGAAAUUCUAGAUAAUUCCAACCAAAGCUAGUCCGUUUUUAGUGUCGUCACGCAACGCUCCUCCCCACUAAGGAGGAGCGUUGCGUGACGACACUAAAAAAGGCUGUGUAGCAGACUAAACCAAACCCUACUUCCCCCCACCAGUCAAACACAGUAAUUUUACCCCCGAAUUUUCAAACCUCCCGAUAAUUCGAACCAAUUUGUUUUUCCGCCAAGGUGGUUUAAAAAACCGGGAUUCCGCUGCUCACAUGUAUUAAACUCAAGUUGUUCACGAGAAGCGAAAAAAGGGGACUUUACUACAGACCUACGCAUCUCGGACGAAUACUGGCGAGAACGUGUUGCUCCUUUGGCAAGAACUUCACUCAUAUUCUGGUGUUUAUUUAUUUCAUUACCUAUUUUUUAUUAUUAUUAUUAUUAUUAUUAUUGUUAUUAUUAUUAUUAUUGUUAUUAUUAUUAUUUUACAGGCUUUUAUCAGUCAGUGGGAAACAAAACAGCAAGAACUAAGGGAAAAUUCACACUCAGUCAUAGUAAGUAUACUGAUGGGCCUUUCUUACUUUAAUGUUGAAAAUAAUUUGGCUUUUCCCGCAAGGUGUUAGACUAGACCGUACCGAACGUUCUGGCUUGUCGUUAUCUGGCAACGAAUCGUACAGUCUGUCGAUUUAACAGGGAGCAACUGCUGAAUGCAAAAUAUAGAAAACUGCUGUGAGCCACCACAGAUAUAUUCCAUUCAAACGAUCUGAUGAUUAUAGAAUACUCACACUCGCUAGUGUAGAGGUAAUCAUUACAAGAAGCUUUGCUGUAAAUCUAUCUAUAUAAUGAGAGAGGAGUGGUGUGACGUCUUGUUACCAUGGUAACAAAAUUAUUGGUUCGUAACUGAGACGGCCAUUAGCAUUGUCGAACAAUGUACCGCUACCGUUUUGUUCCUGAGUGCAAUCAUGUCAAUUUUUUCGAUAUUUUUUUCUGCUAUAUUUGCAGGACCACGGUUUACUGAGGUCCAGAAAUUUUGCUUCCACUAGCAUCAUGACGUAACGACUACUCCUCUCUACAGCGAUCAUUUUUCAGGGCGAAUGCAACCUCGUUCCCAAAGUCCUCUCGGAGAUUGAGGCAAAUGACGCCACUAUCACAUGCACGUAUUUUGCACUGUGCUCGUGCGGCGUCAAUCGAACGAAUUUCCUCGAUUUUUUUUUAUUUCUACCAGUUUAUACGAACGUGUGUAUUAUUUUUUCAGACCGAAGUAACAAUGACAGGGGGCGGCCGUUUUCAUCAACUCUUCAGCUCUGGACUAGUGGAACCCGCAGAAGAAGAGUUACUGGAUGAACUGAGAGGUCAUCAUCAUCACUCAUUCCAAAGUUCCGAAGCUGUUCCAAGUGUUAACACUGGUCAGAACGCUGCAGUGUCUUUUCACUUAUAGGAGGAGCAUUCCCUGUAACAAAUACCGUCAAAUUUUUUAACCGAUCAGCUAAGUUACUCGUUAAGCGUUUAUUUGGUUUUUUUUCUCUGAUAAGGAAUAAUUGGAUGAGGCAGAGUAUUAUAUGAUGAAUUAUGCAGAUCGAGGAGGAUGACACCCUCCGGAUCCGAGAACUGCAUAAUUCUCCAUAUCACACGACAGCCAAUUCCAAUGGUUGUUUAAGAUUCAUUCAAAAUAUUUCCAACUUCAACAAAACGUGCUUGCAAUCUCUCUCGUCUUCAUAACAAUGGCCUGUUCCUCAAAGUUUUAGGUUUUGAAGGAAUGUUAUUCCUACAGAUUAUCUUCAAAUAGUUUUCAUCCAUUUAGUGGUAGUCUUGCCACUCUUGGUGUUUUUAGGCAGUAGUUAGUCUAUUUUCUCUUCUCUUUUACUCGUGAAUUCUUCAGCUAUUUUCUCCAGGUACAACUGAGUAACCAAGCCUUCUACUGUCCC